UGAUAUAAUUUUUAUACAUGCCCGAAUAAGCGGUAAGAAUUGCAUCAACUCGAUUAUACGAACAAUUAAAGUAUGCAACGCAUUCCUAUCAUUACUCUAGGUGCUGGGAUGCAUGAUUAUCUCUAUAAUUAUUAUCACGGUCAUUGCUACAAAAUUGUUGUUAUCAUUCAAACGGCCGCGCAUUCAAAGAUAAGCUGAUAGGGAGCAGCCAGCGAUGUUUUGAUUUCUACAGUCUGUAUACAUUCGAUGUCCUUACUUCUCUUUUGUCACGCGUCAUUUGCGGUUUCGUUAAACCAUAUCGUUCCUCUCUUUUAAAAUAUAGAACACGAUAAAUAUUAUCGUAUUUUGUUCGUCUCGUUGCCAACAAUACCUCUGACACCGCAUAAGCAAAUCGCUGGCUUGGAAACACUUUCGUUCACGGUCGUCUGAAACCCAAGUGAUCGUCGCGGAAACGAACACAGAGUACAUCCAAGAGCCUCGCGUGUUUCGCGAGGUUCGAGGCCUGGAUGAAGAAAAGAAACAAAACAGGGGAAACAUGGAGACCAUGGAUGAAGAUGUGCCAGCGGGAAAGCUGGAGGAUGUGGAGGAAGUGGUAGUGAAGGAUGCCGUGGUGUCCAUCGACACCACGGACAAGAAGUUACAGCAAUACAAACAAAACACUUACGCCGCGAAGAAGACCGUGGCGCAAGGUAUGAUGGAUGUUGCUCUGAUCACUGCAAACGCGAACCAAUUGCGAUACUUGAUCGAGUACCAACGGAACAGUCCUACGUUCUACGUCAUUUUGAGCCUAAUUAUCAUCAGUCUGUUACUUCAGAUCGCCGUGGGCGUCAGUUUAAUAUUCAAAGGUCGAUUCGACAUGAAGGGACAGUCGAAAUCUUUGAACGCACGAAGGAUCAACAAUUACGUUGUGGCCGGCGUUUUUCUCAUAACAAUUAUAAACGUCUUUAUAGCCGCGUUCAGUAUAUCGGUUCCAACCACGGAGACACGACUUAUUCAAAGAUCAAAUAAUAAUCUAUGAAUAAUCGUUUCUAUCGAUUAUCUCAAGAUCCAGCUCUCUGUUUAACCUUUUUUUUUUUACUAUACGAUAAUGUUAGAACUCUAUUUCCUAUUUCGUCUGGAACGAUAAUAACGAGAUAUCCGAGAUUGCAAUACAACAGUAAAUUAUCUGUUUACAU